AUGCCAAAAUCUGGUGGUUUGGGAAGUCGAUCUUUGCAUGGAUUUGAGAAAGAAAGCGGUGAUCGUGACUUGGGUUCACCAUAUAUGGGUCCUUUAACAUGGUUUCGCAUUCUCAAUCUGACUAUUAAUGAUAGCUGGAAACCUUUGCUUGUUAAUGACCAAGUCGCGGGAUACACACAGAAGUACAAGGAUAAUGACUUCCGUCUCACAUCUGUGACAAUCAAGGGUGCAGGACAUAUUGCAUCAUGGUAUAAGCCUAAAGAAACUCUAGCGAUGAUCCAUCGAUAUCUCUCUCGAACUUUAUAG